UUUUUCUUGAAUUUGAUUUUGGUUUCUGCAGCGUUUCGUCUCCCUUCCAGCCUGGCAGAUAUUUUCCUUCCCCUUCGUAAGAGAUCUCUAGGUAAGUCUGAGUUUGCGAAUUACUGAGAUAUCACACAUUUAUUUCUUACUCGGAGUGAUUGAAGCAGUGAAGUGAAAGGGAAAUAUUUGAAAUUAGUUCCAGUUCUCAUUUACUGGGUUUAAAGAAACAAGAACUAAAAUCGAAAUAAAUCUUAGUCAUGGCAAAUGGGUUAAAGCUCAUUUUCCUUCCAUCCUUGUUUGUCAUAUAUCUAAGCUAAACGGCGAAUGAUUUUAAUGUUCAGUUGUACUCAUUGCGGAAUUUGCAUUAGUGCAACGGGAUUUUCGAUUCCAUGGCGGAAAUGCUGAAAGGUGUCACGUCAAAAACCGCUUCGGCAGAGUUCCCUUCGAACUCAAAGGGAAGACUGUCCGCAAGCAGCACACGUCUUCUACCUCCUAAGGCCACAAGACCUAAGGAAAGCCUUACUCGGUUUUCCAACGUUAUGCAGAUGAUACUGAAUUGUUCAGAAAACAAACUACCCCCUUCACCGCAUGGUGAGUGAUUCGUGACGCGAAAGCGUCGUCCAGCUCUUGAACUGCACCAAGGAUGCGUCACCAUUUUAUAAAUUCGCCCAUCAGUUCGCAUCUUUUAGGUAGUUCAUUUCGCCCUUUCAAGAAAUGGAAAAGCAAGGUGAUUGUUUACCAAAUUUUUGUCUGAGUCUUAAGUCGCUGUAAGACCGAGCAACAAGUUUGAAUGACAUCCUCUCCCCCCCCCUCCCCAAAGGAAUUAACUCAAUUAAGAAAAUAACACGGGUUGACACCUUUGUAUUCUAAUGCUGAUAAAUUAGAUAAAUUAUGUUGCUUUACGAAUAUUAUUUCCCAGGUUGUUUUAUUAAGACUAAAAUGCUCUUCCAUUUCCUUUUUUUUUUUUUUUUUUUUUUUUUUUCACCACAAGUUCACUGUGGUGGUACUCUGAGAGCUGACUCUGGAGAGAUCCAAACUCCCAACUUUCCCCUCCACUACCCACGAAGAACCGAUUGUCAAUGGAAAAUUGUGGUUAGCGGUUCAAGCAUAACGCUGAAUUUUGAGGAGUUUAAGGUACAGUGAGACGUGCAAAUGAUGCUGCGGCGCUCCGCUUUACAAAUUGUUUAUAGCGCGUGGAAACAGCAACCGCUACAUCAUGUCACACACCAAAUUCUUCCAUCAUUAAUAACACUAAACUAUCGUUAGUGAACGAGACCAAAUCGAAACAGCCCAAGGCAGUUCUCAACUUUAAAUGCAGUUAACUUUUUUUUUUUUUUUACUCAUGUUGCAAAACGGUCUCAAACUUUUAUUUCCCUGCUAAGUUUCUUGCCCAGAAGCCAGAAACUCAAGAAGGAAUAAUAGUAGUUUCCGCUUAUACUUAUCUGCACAUAUGGAAUUGAUGAAAACAGUGGCCAAAAUUAUACAGAUUUGAACAAAAUAGGUCGCUUGGUCGUAUCGGCUGAUUUCUUAUCAAGAUCUUAAUCUUAUCAGGAUCCCUUAGUAUCUAUGGAAAUGGAUACUAAAUGUUAGCAUCUCAUGUCUCUGCACUGAUUAAAAACAAAAUAAUUGUUAACAACUCUUUACUGAAGAAGAGGUGGGUAGUGGUGAGCCGUGAAGCAAAAGGAAUGAUUACCACCGCUAACCAGACAUUGACAUCAAUAGUCGUUUUAGUAUAAAACUAAAACAGUGUCAUAAAAUAGCGCUAUGAAUAUGAGGGUAAUAUGAUUUUAGCUCUCUUAUUCCUGCAACGAUUACAAUAUUUUUGGGCGCAAGUUGUUCGAAGGUGAAUGGCAAAGGAUAUUCGGAGUUUGAUUAGCCAAUCAGAGGUCGAUAUUUACAUAAAUGUUCUCUGGCUGCAUGGAUGUACUUUAAGGUUCGUGUAUUGUUUGUAAGGUGUAAACAGGUAAUAGCGACAUUCUUGAUCUAUGUCCCUACGUCCCAGUUAUUUUAAUAACCUGCCUUUUCUUGCCUCUUUCUUGAAACAACUCAGGAUUGCGUUGUUUGUUUGAAGCCUGUUAUGACCAACCUCAUGUAGACUUGUAGGUUGAAAUUUAUCCAAAGAGUGUUUCCGAAAUUGAAACUCGUGUUCAAAGUCGCAUACACAUCAACCAUUUCCCCCUGAGAAGUGUACUUGAGAAAGAAAACUUUCUGUAGAAGUAUUUCCUUCCAAUGCAUUACAAUUAUGUUGGAAAGUGUAUUGUUAAAGUUAUCUAAUUAUCAGUCGUUGUCAAGUUUUUCCAUGACGUUUUUCCUUUCACGAAAAUUUGAAACUGCAGUUUUUUGGAAGAGGGACGUUUACGAGCUGAGAAAUUUUACGUGUUUUUCUUAUGGGCAAGAGGAAUAAGCGCAAAUGAGUAUCGAAACGGAAAACGUAUUAAAAUUUAAAAGUACCCGUUGUUUUGAAGGGAAUGUCUGACUACAGAGUUAUACGCAAUGAUAAAUAUAUUAUUACUAUGGUGGCCGUGAUCAAAGCUGUUUUUUAGUAAGGGUGUCGGACAAGAUGUUCGCGAUAGUAACAAAGCACAGUAAAAAUAUCCAAUAGGGAAGUUUUCCUUCUUUUUUAUUGCAGCUUGAAACAAGUCAAGACUGCAUUUUCGAUUAUCUGGAAAUUUAUGACGGCGAGUCAGACACCGCCAACAGACUGGGCAAGCUGUGUGGAGACGAGACACCUGAUACGGUUGAGUCCUCCGGUCCUCAGCUCUUUCUGAGAUUUCAUUCAGAUUCCUCAAGCGAAUUCAAGGGUUUUAAAUUACGCUAUGUAAAAAAGGCAGGUACGGUUUCGGGUUAUGGUAUCAACCCACUCUCUUUCACCUCUAUCAAUCAAUCCCCUAGUCAGUCAAUCAGUCAGGUUAUCUUUGCGACUCCAGGCUAUAUGGAAUGAGCUGGACUUAUAUACGUAAAAAUCAGUUAUAUCCAAAUUACAUAAAUUAUGUCAAUAAGAUAUACUUAGAUCUCAAUGUCUUACCCAGACACUAAUUUUCUUCAUGAAACCUUUCCUCGUUUGGAGUUCAUUCCGCCUUCAGUUGCAUUGAGCUUCCAGAAGUCUUGCCUCUACCACCAAGAUGGGGUUCCAAGCCAUGGCUUAGGGUCACGUUUCGGCAUUUCGUCGGGUUUCCCUGACUAUUCGAGCGUUAGCCCUUCGUCAGAGCGAUUGACGAAGGGAUAACGCUCGAAACGUCAGCUUUUAAACUCUUUAUGGUGGGCAAUUUACAUUAUCAACUCAGUUGUUAACACUAAAUUACCCUGUUAUACUCUCCCACCGACGCAGCGCCACAGUUUCCUUAGAAACUUACCCCCUUUAUUCGUUUCCCUGACUAUGUCUAUUGAUUCCCCUGAGUGGCGAGAGGCACUGUGUGAGUAAAAACCUUUGCCAAAGAUCACAACGCAUUGACCUAGCCGCGCAUUGACCACAUGGUGAACGCACUCGCCGCUUUUAAGAGUACUAGGUAUUUUGGAAGACGUCUUUACUUUUCCUAAUUAUGGUUUUGUGGUCUCGACAAAGCCAUGAGGAAGAUUAAGUCAGAUUUAAACAGUACACCAAAAUUGUUUACGCUUUUUUUAAAGAUGCGCUGACUAUGCUGUUCAUAUAGAUCCCUGAAUGCAAUGCUUGUUUUCUCACCAAAAUUGGAACAUUCCCUUCUGGUUGAAAUAAGAGAGGCUCAGUAAUUGACGCGAUUCAUAAACAUUUUUGUAAAACUUGUUUUUGUUUUUAUCUUCAAGAUUGUAGUCAGACGUUCUCUGGAGAGAAUGGUUUGUUCAGAUCCCCGAACCAUCCCGAUAGCCAUCCGGCAUCGUUGAAUUGUUCCUACCUCAUCUGUGUCCCGAAGGAAAAACUUGUGUCAUUGCGUUUUACGCACUUUGACUUAGAACGUGAUGCAGGUAGGCGUCAACGAUUUCAUGUCAAUGAGUUUGUCGAAAAAGCAGAAGUUCAGAAAGUUUUUCGCCUUCGUGGCAACCGCAAUAAGCUAUUACCAUGAUCUUGAAACGGUUAGCUCUAUUAGCAGGAAAAGAAAUCUGAAAAUGAAAGGAAAUUCAAGCAGGAAACAUCCUCUCGUUCGGCGCUUUGUUGCUCGAAUAUAAUGCAAACCACCUUUAAAAAACGCACUGAAUUAAAGGAAGAAACACCUCAGCACACAUAUGCACCAUUCUGUAGAAGGGUUUGGGCAACAGGUGAAAAAGAAUUUUAAAAAAAUGGUUACAUAAUUAACUCGUGAAUUGCGCGCAUGCGCAAGAGCGAGUUAUAGAUACCAUGUGGGGAAUGGCAUUCGCUCGCUCGCUCGCUCGAUUGGUCGAUUCCUGUAAACUUUUUUUAGAUUUUAGGCUUUUGAGUGCAUUUGAUAGUUUUUAGCGAACAGUAAACAGAAGAAAUGGCGACCUUUGUUGCUAAGAAUAGUGGUGGGGUGAAAAAGAAGCCAAUGAUAAUCUUAAAAGAGUUUUCUUUUCGUUUUAGUUUCAACAAGCGGCGCCAGCGACUGGCAGGCAUGCAAGGAUUCACACUGAAAUAACAGAACAACCUUCGUUUUUCAUAAAAUUGUAAUUUACAAUCCUUGAACUCGAAAACAAUCCGAAGAUUCAUUGAAAAUUUUACUUACUGCGAAGCGCUCGGAGUUUACAGAUGUUCAAAAGCUUUUUCUGUUAUGGCGUGAGAUUGAGGACAAAAUUGAUCAUUACGUUUCGUCGCGUGUGUUUUUCCUGUGUGAAGCAACAAAAGAUGCCGGCGACUGACGAAAUUACAAGUUAACACGAAAAUCAGAUAACACCUAAACAAACAAUUUUAGCUACCGAUUUUCAGUGAAUUUUUAAAGAACAAUUUUCUUUUAAGUUUCAAGACAAUUUGAAGAUUCAACAUACAUACAACGUACUCAAAUGCGAAAGUUACACACCACAAAAUUGAUAAAUAGGCCUGAAAUGAAAUUCUAUCUUGUUAUUGAUUAUACGUUGCCUAGCACGUGACUUAAAUCUACCCAGGCGGAGAUCCAAAAUGACGGUGGCAGGCUUGGCUUAGUUAUAUCACUCAAAACUCGUUCCAGUUUGUCUGAUUUGAUAAAGAGGGAAUCGUUAAUGUUUUUAUUAAGACAGUAUUGCCUUGAUUUUCUAAUAUUUACAAUGAAAGACAGUAAAUUUCACUUUUCACCCACAUUUACUUCCAACCUUUUCUUUUAAACCAGAAACAAAAAUGAUAGACGUUUAAAACACAUGACAUCAUCCACCUUGUCAAAUGUAAUAGCAUGAUCAUUUCAAUUGUAAUGCCUUCUUAUCCCAACGUUACUUUGUUUCUUUGUUACAUUAGCGAAUACUGAACUACUGCUCGAACUCUAGAUAUGACAAUCAACCACCAAAUUUCCUAAACCAGAUAACAUUAAACAUCAUGUGUCAAAAUCAUGUGUCAAUUCACGAGUUUGCUCACAGAGCACUUUGAUUUUUCUUUCGUGUUCAGAAUGCUUCUGCAUUGCACAUAGCAUUCAAACUGCUCACUGCUUUCGAUUUCAUUUGUGCACUGCGCGAUAUGCACAGAGAACGAACUCGAAUGUGUGUGUUAUAUACAAAACUCGCACAUAGGUGCCUGUUUUCAGAAAAGUUAAAAUUUUUUUCUGAGUACAGGACGGUUUCUGCUUCUUGUUAAUUUAGCUAUUUUCAUCGACACAGGUUGCGCUUUUGACUAUAUUGAAGUUUAUGACGGUCCAGGGACGUACUCUCCGAAGCUUGGAAAGUAUUGUGGUAACGAUAUACCAGACCAAAUCCGCUCUUCUACUAAUGAACUCCUAGUGAUAUUUGUCACGGAUAACUCCCUUCAGUAUUCCGGCUUUGCUGCUGCAUAUACUACCGAAUCUAGAGGUGAGUGUAUUCUUGCGAAAAGAACAUACAAUUCAUUAAUAGACGAUUUACAGUCGAUUAAAAACUUUUUCAGCCUGCAGAAAGAUAGCUAUGCUUUAGAAUACCCUGUCACUAUUCAACCAGUUUUAGACCCCUCUCCUACUAAAAAUUCAUGAGAAACAAGCAAGUGAGAAAACAAACUAUUCAAUCGACACCGAUAGAUCCUUUUUUUUUUCUGUUCAAUCGAUUUCUCUCUGCUGUGGGAAUCAGCUGUGUUUUAGGAAGACGAGAAAUGUAAAGCUGAAACUUUGCAGACACUCUAUGGGUUUCAAACCAUUCCAGGUUUAACAUACUUCAGGAAAAUUAAUGAGAAAGUCUCAGGUCCAUGUACAAAGCCAAGGAGCAGUGUGUACUCCUUAAAUUUACAGGCCCUAACAUCAGUACGAAUAUUCUCCAUACUGUUCUCUAUACAUUUUCUAACGUGUUGACGAGGAGAAUUUGUUUAACAACUAAGAGCUUCUUUGGUUGUACUUGAUCAUCAUUUCUUUUAGUCCUGUGUUCUUUAUGUGUGAUCCAGGGGUGAUAUCGCGAGGAGAAUUAAGAUGCCAAUCACUUUAAGGGGUUGAAGGAGUAAAUUUGAAAUUUAUAAACGAGGGUCUUUUUGAUGACCUGUGUCCUUUUUUUUAUUGAAAGUUUGAUAUGUUUCAGCAAAAUUUUAAAUGCUAAAUGUGCAUUUUGUAUGAAUUUUUUCCAAGCAGCUGUCGCUAAUCCUUGUCUUGUAAACAAUGGAGGGUGCUCUGAUGAAUGUUCUCAGACGUCCGAUGGACGGGUUUGCUCAUGUAAACCAGGUUUCACACUGGAUAGGGACGGGGUCACGUGCAGAGGUACAGAUGUAUAAGACUUAAGCAACGUAUACUCCUUUACAAUAUACUUUCUUGACCUUUUACACCAGAUCAGACUCUAUUGUGGUAGAUGUAAGACUCUAUCUGCAUAUGUCUUCUUGCUAGGCAAGGUACUGCUUGACGGUUCAAAGAAGUGAAUUACAAUAGAAAGAUUAAAAAAUUGAAAGGAGAGUGUAGUAAAAAAGUAGAGCAUGGCACAGAAAGUUUGUAAAUACAAUCAUUUCUGUUUUAUGGUCUCAUGUAAUGAAAGACAGACUGUAAUCAUGCCAUUUUGGCUGAAUAUUUUGAGAGCCGCAAAGGAAAAGGGAUCCUAAUGAAUCAUCUUAGACUUUUGGGAGGCAAAGUUCUUUCUUUUAAGAAGAAACUUUUAAGAAGAAACUUAAUUUAAAGAAACUAGACUGUCCAGUCAACAGUGAAAUCGUACUUAACUUGUUUCCAUCAGUUUAUUUCAUUUUUGUUUGUUUGUAUGACUAUGCUUUGGGUAUUUAUUCGUAUUGAACAUUUUUUCCCGCUGCUCAACAGACUAUGAUGAUUGCAUAAUCAACAACGGUGGCUGCGACCAUCUUUGCCUAAAUACUCCUGGUAGCUUUCACUGCAAAUGUAAUGAUGGUUACGUAAUCGAUUCAGACAACAAGACUUGUAUAAGUAAGUGUGAUAUAUUGUAGUUAAGAACCAGUUACCAUUAAUCGCGCCGAAAGUGGGGGGGAAAGGGGUAAAGAAUUUGGAGGGAAGGGAUAACAUGGUCAUAAGGGAGAACCUGGGGGGGAGGGGGGUGUCAGUCGUCGCACGCAGAGUAGAAAGUGGAUGCCAAUUAACCAUAAAUGAGAGAUGGGGGUCAUAAUAAAAGGUCCUCAAUGUGAAGUUAACUCCAUUCCUGUGUUCACAAAAGACCAACCUAUUAUUCCGAACUUCAAAACACGUGUUGUUCCCACGAGCAGGACACAUGAACCCCACUACACAAAUUAUCGCCCUAACACGUAGCUUAUGUAAACAGUACAACUGUAAAAUAACAUAACGAAAACACACCUACGUCACUACGAGGAGCUAUAAACAUUUUACGCUCUAUGCUGUGGCACAAAAAUAUCCUGUUGUUUAGAUAAUUUUUCGAAUAACAAGUACAUUUUUCGUAAAAUUUAAAGUGACGAAAAAUACUCAGACAAAAAAUGUAGUUUCUGACGGUUGAGUGACUAGGAACGAAUUAGUCAGAAAUUACUAUUCUGAUGGCACGAUUGAGAGGUUUUAGUAUUCUCAGGGGAGAGUUUUGAGUAUUUAAUGUUUUAGCGGGGAAUAUUAAUCAUUCUAGCUCAGUCAGUCUUUCUGUUUGCUGUUGUCAAUUUAGUUAAAUUUUUUCUAUGGAGUUACGGGUUUGUUUGUACCUCUUCCCCGAGGGUCCGUGCCACUGCAUUAGAUGGGGAAUACGUUUCCACAUAUUUUUUGGCCACAUCUAAAGAGUGGUUUUUUAGUGGUUUUUCGUAUCUGGCGUGGUACACUUAAUUUUUCAAGCUUUUCAAGUUAGACUUGCUAGCAUAUUCUAUGUUGUAAUAAGUAUAUGUAAUAAGUAUAUGUUACGGCACAUUGUUGUUGUCGGAUGACUGACUGACCAUUCCUCAAUAAACUAUUUCACAUUGAAUGUUUCGUGAUAGUGUAGUCAGAAUUGGUUGAAUGACUCAUUCAUCUGCAAACCUUGAGGACUGUUUUGGCAGCAGUGAUAUGUAGAGAGGAUCAAUGUAUCUGGUAUAAAACAUAUUAAAGUGAUUUCCUUAUUUGAUCAAAUAUCUGUGGUGAGAUGGCAAAACUAUCGAUGGGUUUAUUUUCUGUGAAGUGUGAAAUAAAUUAUAUUUUGUCCCUUUAGAUGAGAACGAAUGCGCCACAGGAAAUAACAACUGCGAACAAUUGUGCCGCGACACUGAACAGGGUUAUUAUUGCGAAUGUCACAAGGGCUACAAAGUAGGACUCGACGGAUUCACAUGUCAAGGUAAAACAUUUAGAAGCAGCUCUAAAUCCAGCCUUGCGAUGCCAGGUUGCCGAGUGUUUGAGGGAAAUCUCGGGAUGAAAAGUUAGCGGCCACUAAAUCCUCAGUGGCCCCACUCUCCCCUUUCCUUUUCAACUUUUCACUCCGACAAAAUAUGUCCAUUUCCUAAACUGUGGUAAUUCUCUUCACAAUUAUAAAAACUUUAAGACUAUGUGCGUUUGACGUUUAAUUAAAGUAACAUUUUUAUCAACAUAAUGAUUCAUUGAAAAUGUUAUUAGAAUAUUUUGUUGCCAUACAUCUUACAUUUAAACUUCUUGUCGUUCUUUUUGUUUCUCAACAAUUCAUAUUUUGCUUCUUUGUCAAACCUUUGUGUAUUCUGUUCAGAUUUAGCCUUUUUAAUGGUUCUGUUGUCUUUCAGAUUUGGACGAGUGCAAGUUACCUAAGAGUUUUCAUCACUGCCAACACACGUGCGUAAAUACACCAGGAAGCUACUACUGCAAGUGUAACAAAGGAUUCAUACUCAGUGCUAAUGGAAGAAUUUGCAGGGGUAAGGGAACAUUGCUUAUUUAUCUCCUGGGGUAGGGUGGGAAAAGAUUUUGGGGUAUAAAAGAUUUUAAGGUGCAAAAAAUUUUAGGGGAGAUCUCAUGGGGGUUUACUGGGGAAAUGGUGGGGAAUCAGUCGUCGCCGAAAGAAUGUCAAGGGGGAACUAUAGAAAAUUGACCGCCAAUUAACUGCCAGCGAGGGAGGGGUCAGAAGAGUAUUACAGAGCAUUGAGGGUGGGGAGAUCAGUAAAUUUCAUGGUGACACAACUACAUGCCCCCUCCCCUCCCCUCCCCGGCGAUAAUUAAAGAUCGGCCCGAAAGGGUCAACGGAUUACGGACUUUAACGUUUUAACAAGAUUACCUUCGGAUUUCAAAUCGCUCAAAGUACGACUCGAAGUUGGAAAUUCUGAGGCUAAAUUCGUCCCUGGGAACUUAUUUCAAUUUCUAUGAAUAUCCAGCUUUUUCUUCUGUGUGGAGGGUCAUCGAAUGAAUGAAUUUCGUUUUCAGAUGAAGACGAAUGCUUGAUGGGAGGAACAAAGUGUGAGCAACAGUGUGUUAAUACCCCGGGUAGUUUCCAUUGUGAUUGUUACACUGGUUACCAUCGUGACCACCGACUUCCUCACAAGUGCGUGGACACUGAUGAGUGUUCAGAGGGCCGGCCAGACUGUCACAAGUGCAUGAAUUCUGAAGGAAGGUAACGAGCCGAAGAAUUGUAAGAUAUUGUUAUCGUUCCUCCAGACCUCUGCAGGUCCUCAUACUUCAUUCAAAGAAGGCUUAAACCAAGACAAAACGGAAGAGCUCAUUGAAAUGUACAGUGGCAAUUUCUACCGUCCGUCCUUAGGCUGGUUGCAACAUUUGUUGUGAAAGCUGGCCUUAGUUUAAUCGAAGUCGUCAUUUUAUAUAUUUCAAUGUAAUUCACUACUAGAUUUAUUGACCUGUUGUUGGUAGAGUGGUGAGAGCACUCGCCCAGCAUUGCUUUUGCUGGAGCUUUAUAUACACUCCCAGACCUUGUAUCACAAGUUGCUGAGUUUUGUGAACGGCUCUCGCCCUCGUUGGCCUUUGCUAGGCCUCGUUGGCCUUUGCUUUCCUUCUUCAAUCUUUUCAAGUAAUUGUGCCAUUUAUUUAUUUAUUUUUUUAUUCGAUCAUUACUAGUUUCCGUUGCGAGUGUGAUGAAGGUUACAUUACCGCUGACAAUGAAACUCGUUGCGCGGAUAUCGAUGAAUGUGCGGUGAACAAUGGCGGCUGCUCUCAGAACUGCGUCAACAUGGAUGGAUCUUACAUGUGUGAAUGCAGCGAAGGAUAUAAUGCCACCGACCCCGAGUAAGUAUAUGAACUUUAUUUUCCUUUUGCACCUCAUUGGGCAUUGUUUGAUCUGCAAUAAUAUGAGGUGCUCGGCUGCUUUUAUCAUCUCGACUAUGAAACACGCAGAUAUGAUAAAUCGGUGUAGCAACAUGCUGAGUCUAAGACCCCAUUCACACUAAUGCGUUUUCGUCUGAAAACGGAUUCUAUUCGGUGCGUUUUGGCCUUCCGUCCUCAUUAAUAUUAAAUGCUUGGAAACGGAUGCGCUUUUAAAUGAAAACGAAUCGAUUCGAAAACACUCUCAAAAGUGGAGAAAGUUGAAAAUGCAGGCAUAACGGUUUUGUGUGAGCGGUGGAAAACGGAGCCUUUCGAAAACAAUGACGCUGGAUUACGUCAUUGCGUCGUGCAACCUCUUUUCAAGCUUCCCGUCUCAAAUUCAAAACAAAUAUGGCGGACGGGCAAAUGGAUAUGCUUUUGUAUGUUGUUGACUUGUUUAAUCGCUUGUUUGGAGCUUAAUAUCGCGUUAUUUACCCUUUCGUUGAUAACCCUUCGAAGAAGAAUAUCCAUUCUGGGAACACUGGUUCUUUCUAAUGAUCGCCACGCAAGACUCGGACAAGUAGGCCAUAUCAAAGGCCGAGAAUAUUUUGAUUUCGACCAGGACGAACAAGCGCGUGGUGGGCAAAUUUUUUCACAGAGGGCGUGCGCAGUCUGACGAGUAGGUCACAGAAGUGACGCAUGCAUUUUCGAGUGUUUUAGUGAGUGGACAGUCAUAAACGCUAUGAAAACUCUAGUAGUCAACCCCAGGUGAAUUUAAAAAAUUCAACUGCCGUUUAGGUCACUUAACUGUGAAGACAUCGAUGAGUGCGCCAGAAACAAUGGCAAAGGAGAAUGUGACUACGCAUGCGCUAAUUCUGUGGGAUCAUUCCGCUGUUCUUGUGCUGCGGGCUUCCACCUAGAUGCUGAUGGACUGACCUGUCAUGAUAUAAAUGAAUGUCAAGCUAACAACGGAAACUGCUCGCAGAAGUGCAUUAAUACUCAAGGAGACCACUCAUGUUCCUGUUUUGAGGGUUUUGUGAACUCAGGUUCAAAUGGAACUGAUGUUAUCUGCAUUGACAUUGGUGCGUAUCUCAUUUUUUUUCCCUUGCUUAUUGUUCUUUCUACCGGGUUAUUUUAUUAUUGCACAAAAUGCAAACUGUCUCUUUUGGGUGGGGGGGCUUUUUUUGUCUCUAACCUUUUUGAGAAAGAUGUUUAUUCGUCUUGUCACGAGCGUGGGACAAAGAAAAGAGUCCCCAGAGGAAUCGAACCUCAGACCUUCGGAUUCCGCGCUCCGAUGCUCUACCACCGAGCCACAGAGACUCCUCGGUGAGCGAGGUCUAUUACGAAGUUCAUAUGACACGCGUCCUAACCUUGUUGUUGUUCGGCUUGUCUUCUAUUGUCCUAUAUUUUUUUGUUUGUUUUUAUUUUGUUUUGUUUUUUUCGUUGCGAGCGUCGAGGAAUUGUAUCAAAUUUUGACUGCUCAAAGUGAAACAUGGUUUCCAACUCUCUCUCUCCUUUUUCUCUGGUCCUUACUUUCUCUCUAUGCUUUCCAUAGACGAGUGUUUUGAUGAGAUACACCAGUGUGACAGUCUCGCGAAAUGCCACAACACUCCCGGUAACUACUCAUGCCAGUGCCCUGACGGUUAUUCCUCGCAGUGGAAGGACUGUAUCGGUGAGGCCGGUGUUUAGACAUAAAGAAAUUUAUGUCGUCAUUGUUUUCAUAAAUCAUUCCCCUUUUCAAAGCGACAGUAUAAGAUAAAAAAAAGGUAAUCAAUCAGUCCGUUCAGGUUUCAGGUCUCAGCAAUUUUCUACUAUUAGUUAUCGGCGCGAUAUUUUUUAGUUUAGAACUGGAACGCUAUGAUUGUGCCCUUCCGAAGUACGUGAUAACUUUACAAGCCGCAAUUUUUUCGCCUUUCGUUAAUUCGGAAAAAAGGGAUUGAUUUAUUUUGGAAACUACGCCAAAAAGUUUCAAAAAGAUAAAUUAAAGAGAUCAUUUGCCUUUCGGUCCAGAGACAGAAUCCUUGUUAUUUUGCAGUUCGAAUUUUUAUGAUGUCUCGUAAAAACUUUGAUUAUUGAUGUAAAGUAAUUCACGAAAUCGGGUAUCUAUAUGAACAUCGGUUAGCAAUAAAAAGGCCAUUCUCAAAAAAGCCUAUUUAAAGAUGACUAAGGUAUCCAUCAUUUUAUUAUCCUGUUUAUGUUUUAGAUAUUGAUGAAUGCACUAAGCCCGAGAUAAAUCAGUGCGAGCAAGUUUGCAACAAUACUCCUGGAAGGUUAUUAUGUUUCUAUUACGUUUUUUAUUAGCUCUACACCCCAUCUUCCCACUGCCAAAGGAAAGUAAUUUUAUAUCAGCAACUCUUGGCCUAGCAAAUGAUUCUAAAUAUUGAAGUUGUAAUAUACAUCGCAAUCGAUACUCUUUGGCAGGCACAGAGUCUUUAUGGUUAGCGCAAGAAACUGCGUUGAGAUGCGACGUCGAGCAUCGGCCGGGUCUCUGUAUUGUUUUCCUGGGCAAGACACUUUAUCAUAACCAAGCCCCCAUUCAUGCAGGAGAUGACUGAACUGUUAGGGAACCCCGAAAAUAUAUUUUUGAAGAGGGGGAGGGUGAAGGUUUAGCGGUGAUGGGUAAGGAUUCUCUCCAUGAUAAGUAGUAAUACCCCUAGUUGGUUCACGCCGCAGAAAGCCUGUGUUAGUCAUUUGAAUUUGAAUGAAUGAUUGAUAAGCUAGAUCAACAUUGGUUUUAUGGUGAUUAUUAUUUAUGUUCAUUGUUUGUUUGUCUGUUUAUUCCUUGUUUUUUUUUUGUUUUUGUUUUUUAUUUUCUAAUGAUUGUUCAAAUGAUUUAUGCUAUUCUAAGGAUGUGAUAUUUAUUGCAAAUUUCUCUCAUAUGUAGCUUCCACUGUGAAUGUAGACAAGGUUUUGACCUCCAAAACGACAGCAAAACCUGCAGCGGUAUGUAUUGCUAACAAUUGAGGUUUAUUCAUUGGAAACGAGAAACGAGAAACUGGCAAGGGCCCAUGGCCACCUGAGGUUUUCAAUGAUUACAGUGCAGUAAAUGUGUGGCAUUAACUUAGAGAUUCGCUGAAAAUUAGUAGUAUUUAGCUUUCGGUCAGAGAGAGGGAACAAUAGGUUAUUAAAGCCUUUUUACUUUUACUGAUCUCAGCAUGUUGAAUAGAUCGGUAGUAAUCAGGCCCAAGCAAUAGCAGGUGCGGGUUAUUUCUUACUCUUUGACUUUCCAUAUCUUCAGAUAUUGAUGAAUGUAAACUGGGCAAAUGCGAAAAAGGUUGUCUUAACACCGUUGGAAGUUACCAAUGUUUGUGCCCAGCUGGUUAUCAGUUGGCAGCAGACGGUCACCAUUGUGAAGGUAAAAUACUUCAAUAUCUAGAAUUAAGCUAUAUUAAUGAGGAUUUAAUGAAUCAAUAAUUUUUUUGCAGUUGAAACUAACAAUGUGUCCAAAGGGGCGUAACUUUGAAAAAUAGGAUAUGGAAGUUGUCCUUCUUAAUUAAGAUUGACAACUGGGCGUGUGUGAAUGGGUUCUGAUAUUUGACUGGCAUUUAGCCUUGAAAAGUGAGAUUUUUGACCCGCACACCAUUUAAGAUCAAGUUCCAAAGUUAAAUGCAAAAAUGGUGUUGAUGAUUUUCCAGAAUCGUCCUAGCUGUUUUCAACUAUCUCUCUUUAUUACAGAUAUCGACGAGUGUUUGGAAGAUAACGGUGGUUGCGAUCAAAGAUGUAUAAAUGAAAAUGGAAGGUAUUGUUUCUUCAGAAACUCUGGAGUUAUUCGUUUGAGUACAGAGGAGCUCUUGCUUGGAACUCGUAGGGAGACAUCAGGAAGAGACGUUUGGAAAAGUGUUAACAUUUCUUUGUUGUUGCGUCAGUUUGUACUUGUUGAUGUCCCCCUAGCUUGUAUCAGGUUUUUCAGUACCUCUGUCAAGGCUGAGUGAAUUUGUGAGUAACAUGAACGAGGUCCCUCUAAUUACUUGGCUGUUCGAUGUCAAUGUCUCUGAAUGUUAAAAGAAUAAGUAUUAUUGUCGUUACAAUCAGUGUAAUAAUCAACAUCAUCUACAUUAUCGUUAUUGUUAUUUUUCUAUUAUUGUUAUCAUCAUUAUUAUUUCAUGUUGUCAUAGUCACCUUAGACUUCAAUCGCUUAAGAGAUCUCAAUAUUUAUAACGUCCAAUUCUCAGCGUAAUAUCUCCCAAGGGUAACCUUGCAUGUUUCGAGGAAAUUUUUUGGUGUCCCUUAAGAUUAUUGUUGCUAAUCAUGCAAGAUUUAAAGAAAAUGACGUUAAAAACUCUAAGGUAUCUCUGACCCUCCCAAUAUAUGUUUUGUCUUCUCACAGUUAUUCAUGUGCUUGCCAUCAUGGUUUCAAACUUCUGAGAGAUGGAUCAACAUGUAGAGGUACAUAUCGUUAAAAAGCGGGCUUGUGAUAAGUUUGGCUUUGCCACAGCUGUUGUGAUAAGCGAAUCAUUCGCCCUAUUAAGGGUGGCAAAUUUAUGUUCUCAACUCAUUUGAAAAUACUAAAUUACCGAAUAUGAGGCUUGGAACCGAAAACAUACUUACAUAUAUGUUUAUUUUCCAUCCUAACUGAACUCCCAUUAAAACUUCAUGUUUAUAUUACUAAAACCUUAACUUCCCGAAUUGUUUAACGUUGAUAACAAAGGGGAAAAAUCACACUUACACUUGCUCUUAUUAAUUGUUAAGAAAACAACAAAACAGUAUAAACAAUAGACUGUUCUAUUAAAUGUAUCACACUCACCUUUCGCUAAACAAAAGUUCAGUUGCAUACAUGUGAGAAGUUUGCUUGUAUCUUACUCGAAAGUAACGAAAGAAUCGGCAUCUGUUCGUGGGCAAUCGCGUAAGGUAUUUCGGAUGCAUGAUUAUUAGAACGGGUGCGAAUCGAACAGCGGUUUGGAUACGAACUGAGUCCCGUAGAAUUGUUGAAAGCUUUGAGACGUGAAAAUCUACAAGGAAGCGUUUUUUUAAGGUCUUUUCAUACCAGUGCUGCAGCACAGAAGAAACAAUACAAGUAAAGUUAGCACUAGGAAAUGCUGCCAGCGUUUGAAGAAAAAUUAAUAAGGAAAGUGUAUAUAUUAGAUUGCUUAGCUAUUUUGGGCUGCUUUAAGUAUAAUUAAUUUUUGACUACGCUGUCAUUUAAUGCUACCUUUGCUGUGGCAAUGAGACUACAGAAGCAAAUUGUUUAUAACACAUUAAAAAAAGUGGUGGUGCAAUUUCGCUUGAACGAGAUAUAAAAGGUAUGCAUCUGUCGCCAAACGAAAAUUCCUUGAGGCGAUUUAUCGCAAUAAUGUAUCCCUGGUUCUGCGAUAAAUCCGGCACUGGAGCGAUAUAUCAUUUGAGAGAUAUGUCGAUGACGAUGAAGUACACGCUCUACGAUAUAUCGUUGUAGCGAGAUAUCAUUGUAGCGAUAUAUCGUCGGAGCGAUAUAUCCCUGGAACAUUUUAUCAUUGGAACGAGAUAUCGCAGGAAAGCUCGGAUAUCUCGUUGAUAAAAAUGCACGAUAUAUCGGCGAUAUAUCGGAGGAACAAAGGGAAUUAUUCGACGAUAAUCGUUAGCAUUACGUUUUCACAGUGCUUUAUCAAUUCUUUACUUUACGGGGGGCUGUUUAUGUAUGUGAUUGGAACUAAACUUUUAGAAGGAAAUAAGUCAAUUACUUAACUGGUCUUUUUCUUUUGAAUCAGAUAUCGACGAAUGUCUGCUGAACACUGCGUGUUGCAACCAGGGUUGUUUCAACACAGAAGGCAGCUAUAACUGCUCUUGUUACCAAGGAUACACGUCCAGCAGUAACUGCACCUGUGUAGGUUAGUAAAAUGAAAGUGAUAUGACUCAACCUGAGAAUUUUGAGUUGUUUUGGGUUUGUGUGGUCAAAAGUAUUUUUGAGCAAUGAUGAACGUGAAAGCCUCUUACAAAAUGUAAUUUUAAUUUCUCUUAAGUGAGACUCUCUUAUUUUUCAGACCUUUUUUCAAGUGAUACUGCCAACAGUACUGCUUAGUUUUAGCAGUUGAGCAAUGAUAAAAAAAAAAUUGUUGAGGAAAGUCAAUGUGUUCGUAACCUUUGAGAAAGUUACUUUUAGAGUUAAUGAUUAUUUCUCACUGCUCACUGUGAUGUAUCCUUCCUCACCUCAUUAUGUUCGACUAAAAAGUGACUCCGUUCAAUAUUUUAUUUGCUCUCUCUAGAUGUAAAUGAGUGCCAAACAAAUAACGGAGGCUGCGAACAGAUUUGUACCAAUAACCCGGGAAGCCAUAGGUGAGCGAACCAUACUAAGAAAUAUUUACUUGUUCGUGUCAGGCGUUUAAGCUGAUAUUUGCCAACCAAGGUUGUGUCAGUGCGAUUUCUGCAAGAAGAUUUGCCCAGCUUUAGUACACUGUUGUACUCGUCGGAGGGUAAUUUCCGGCCCUCGCAUAUAGAAUUAAAACGACAAGAUUUAUUUGUCCUAAGAAACAAUAGGUACGUAAAAAAUUAGCCAUUUCCUUAGUAUGUGCUUUUUUGUUUGUUUGUUUGGUUUUUUUUUUGUUGUUUUUGUUUUUUAUUUUCGUUUUUUUUGCAUGAUGAAUUGUAUUUAUCAUUUCUGGCUUUUUUUUAAAAUCAGAUGCUCGUGCAACUCAGGUUUUGUAAUCGAUAGCAGUGACCCGAAGCGCUGUGUGGACAUCAACGAGUGUCUUACGGUAAGGAUGUGCAGAAUAUUGACCCAAAAAUAA